AUGCUGGACUGUUUCUCGGAAAGUUGCCGAGAAAUUGACGUGAAUGCUGACACUAUCGAUGACGCUCUUAUGGUCAUGAAUAGUGUGAGGAGUGAUAUCACGACUGGUUUUGCACUUCGCCGAGAGCUAGCGCAGAAACGAGAUAAGCAAGAUGGUGAAGACCAGCUCUUCUCGAGACUUGGUGGACUCGAGGGCAUCGACGAAUUCGUCACUCGACUGUACGAGUGUGUCGAACGUGACAGGAGGAUCAACCCGUUCUUCACCGGCGCGAAACUGAAGGCUAUCAAGCAAGCUCAAACGGACUUCAUCAUAAAGACCCUAGGUGGACCCUCUGAAUACAGCGGGCGAUCAUUAGAAGAAAUUCAUGCUGUCCUGGCGAUCACUGACUACCAUCUCGACUGCUUCUUGCAACUGGUGGCCCGGGCGUUGAGAGAUUGCGGGCAAGAUCAGGAGACCGUGGACGAGGUGAGCUCUAUCGUGGUCUUCCGCUUCAUAGCGAGUAUCAUGAUGGUUGGACUUGGACAGGUGGUGGUCAAACUCGGAAACCUUCGAACAAACAUUCUCAAGGGGCAUUAUGCGAAGAUGGGUUAUACGAUAAAGUAG